ACUCACCAGCUCUGAUCCUUCUUUCACAUUACUGGCUUCCAGGGAAUCUUUUCAAUGCAUAGAGUCAGUCAUAUUGACACCUGCUGCCCACUUAAAGCUUCUCAGCCACAACAUCAGGCAAAAGGAAUCUAAUGAUAGAAGUUAGGUUCGCUGAGGGAGUAAGAAUUGAUGACAAAAGGGCAUGAGAGACUUCCUGGGUGCUAGAAAUAAUCUGUCUUGUGUUGUGCAGUGCUUACCUGGCCUGACCAUACAUAAAAAUGAGCUACACAUUAAGAGAGUGCAUUUUACUUCAUGAUAGCUCAACUUUAAAAAGAGAGCUCGCAGCAGCUCUGUCAACGCUACAGGUGCAAACCCAAACUCCUGAGAAUAGCCCACAGAUUCCUUUGCAUCCACCCCACCCCUAGUCAUAGGUGAAGCAUCUUCGUGUGAUACCCAUCUGAUUUUCCCAAGGAUGUGACUCUUCCACACUCAUUCAGAAUCCUAAGCCUAGUCUGCCCUACUAGUUAACUGUCCCAGUAGAUGGGAGUCAGGCAAUGGCUGAUGCAUAGGCCCCUCAGACAUCUGUUGAAUGAAAGCAUAAAGGUUGACUUUGUAUUUGCUGAGCUGGAUCAUCUUUACUGAAAAACUUUCUCCCUCCAGCCUUCAGGAUGUGUCCCCAGUGAGAGGAAGGCUCUUGCGCAAUGGCAGUUUUUGACACUCCUGAAGAGGCCUUUGGUGUCUUACGCCCUGUCUGUGUUCAGCUCACAAAGACCCAGACAGUGGAGAACGUGGAGCACCUGCAGACGCAGUUGCAAGCUGUGAGUGACUCAGCCCUCCAGGAACUUCAGCAGUACGUCCUCUUCCCCUUGCGGUUUACUCUGAAGACCCCAGGUCCCAAAAGAGAACGCUUGAUCCAGAGUGUGGUGGAAUGCCUCACUUUCAUCCUGUCUUCAACAUGUGUGAAAGAGCAGGAGCUUCUUCUAGAACUCUUCUCCGAACUUUCUACCUGCCUCUAUUCCCCCAAGUCCCAAAAGCCCGCAGCCGUGUCCGAGGAGUUGAAAUUGGCUGUGAUCCGGGGCCUUAGCACCUUGAUGCACUCAGCUUAUGGGGACAUCAUUCUGACUUUCUAUGAGCCCUCCAUCCUGCCUCGUUUAGGAUUCGCUGUGUCUUUACUGUUAGGCUUGGCAGAACAGGAGAAAUCAAAGCAAAUUAAAAUGGCUGCCUUACAGUGUUUACAGGUCCUCCUCCUUCAGUGCGAGUGUCAAGACCAUCCGAGGUCCUUGGAUGAGCUUGAGCAACAGGAGCUGGGGGAUUUGUUCGCAUCUUUCUUACCAGGAAUCUCAACUGCGCUGUCAAGGGUGAUCACAGGAGACUUUAAACAAGGCCACAGCAUUGUCGUCUCUUCCCUGAAGAUCUUUUCCAAGACAGUGGGCUUGGUUAUGGCUGAUGAACAGCUCAGAAGAAUCUCAAAGGUCCCAACAAAGCCUGCCGCUGAGCACAGAGUUGCAGAGCUGAUGGUUCACAGAGAAGAGGUUUGGGUAAAAAAUACCAGUAACAAGCUGGGAAUCCUUAUUAAGAAGAUAAUUGAGAGUGUUUCAGUUCACCCACAUUGGAAAGUAAGGCUGGAACUAAUAGGCCUUGUGGAGAACCUUCUUUUGAAGUGCAGUCAGUCCCUGGUUGAAUCUGCUGGUCCACUCCUGAAGGCUUUAGUGGGCCUAGUAAAUGAUGAGAGUCCUGAAGUUCAGGCCCAGUGUAGUGCAGUCCUAAGACAGUUUGCUGAGCAGAAAGUCGUGGUGGGCAACAGAGCCUUUGCUGACAUCUUGUCAGAGAGCCUACACUCCCUGGCCACAUCGCUUCCCCGCCUAAUGAACUCCCAAGAUGAUCAAGGCAAAUUUUCUACUCUCUCCUUGUUACUCGGGUAUCUGAAACUCUUGGGCCCCAAAGUAAACUUUGUUCUCAACUCGGCAGCCCAUCUCCAGCGCUUGUCCAGAGCACUCAUCCAAGUUCUAGAACUAGAUGUGGCCGAUGUCAAAAUCGUGGAAGAGCGGCGCUGGAACUCCAGUGAGCUGAGUGCUACUCCAGAGGUCCCAGUUGCACAGCCCUGGAACCAGGUCCAGAGGAGAUAUUUCCGCUUCUUCGCGGAUGAGAGAGUUUUCCUCCUCCUGCGGCAAGUUUGUCAGCUCCUUGGCUAUUACGGGAACCUGUAUUUGCUCGUGGAUCACUUUAUGGAACUAUAUCGGGAAUCCAUGGUUUACCGGAAGCAAGCUGCCAUGAUUCUGAAUGAACUGGUUAUAGGGGCUGCUGGGCUGGAGAUAGAAGAUCUUCAUGAAAAACACACUGGAAUAAACCGAGAAGAGCUGCGAGAGAUUGUGACAUCUAUCCUUGAAGAAUAUACAAGCCAAGAAAACUGGUAUUUGGUCACGUGUAUUGAAGCUGAAGAGGAAGAAGAGCUCACACUGAGGCAGUCAGGCCUGCAGGCCAUCGCAUCUGCUGCCCACACCUGCCAAGUUACUUCUUUUCCAGCCUUGUCAAAGCCAAGUCCCACUAUUUGUUCAAUGAACAGCAACAUCUGGCAAAUAUGCAUCCAGUUAGAAGGGAUUGGCCAGUUUGCUUACGCACUAGGAAAAGACUUCCAUUUGCUCUUGAUGUCAGCCCUCUACCCAGUACUGGAAAAGGCUGGGGACCAAACACUGCUCAUUAGUCAGGUGGCCACCAGCACCAUGGUGGACAUUUGCCAUGCCUCUGGCUACAACUCCCUGCAGCAGCUCAUCAACCAAAAUUCCGACUAUCUGGUGAAUGGCAUCUCUUUAAAUCUACGUCAUUUGGCACUGCAUCCUCAUACCCCAAAGGUCUUAGAAGUUAUGCUGAGGAACUCAGAUGCCAGCCUACUUCCUCUGGUAGCAGAUGUGGUUCAAGAUGUCUUGGCCAGCCUCGACCAGUUUUACGAUAAGAGAGCUGCUUCCUUUGUCAGCGUUCUGCAUGCUCUGUUGGCAGCAUUAGCCCAGUGGUUCCCAGACACAAGUUUUACUGGACAAGUCCAAGAACAAAGUUCAGAGGAGGGAAAUCGCUUGCACCAAACACCAGCAGCUCUUGAGGCAAGCACUACAGCUGAAGACAUUGAACAGUUUGUGCUGAACUACCUCAAAGAAAAGGACAUGGCUGAGGGAAACAUCUCAGAUUCUGACAAUGAGGAAGAGUCGCCGCCAGUCCCUCCAGAAGUGGACCAGAAGGAUACCCAGCCAGAUGUGGAGGCACCACUGCCAGUGCAGAUCCAAAUAACCAAGGAUGUGAUGGAGCGUUGCGUCCAUUUGCUGUCAGAUAAAAACCUGAAAAUCCGCUUGAAGGUCUUGGAUGUGCUGGGUUUGUGUGUGGUAGUUCUGCAAUCCCACAAGAACCAGCUCCUACCCUUGGCUCAUCGGGCCUGGCCGUCCCUCGUGCACCGACUCACAAAUGAUGACCCACUGGCAGUGCUCAGAGCCUUCAAGGUUUUGCAGACACUGGGAGGCAAGUGUGGCGAUUUCCUACGGAGCCGGUUCUGCAAGGAUGUCCUACCAAAGCUGUCUGGUUCCCUAGCCACCCAGGCCCCUAUCAGCGCCAGGGCUGGACCAGUUUACUCACACACGUUGGCCUUCAAGCUGCAACUGGCUGUUUUGCAGGGCCUGGGACCCCUCUGUGAGAGCCUGGAUCUAGGUGAGAGUGACCUGAAUAAAGUGGCUGAUGCCUGCUUGAUUUACCUCAGCACCAAACAGCCCGUGAAAUUACAAGAGGCUGCCAGGAGUGUCUUCCUCCACUUGAUGAAAGUGGACCCCGACUUCACAUGGCUCCUCCUGAACCAGCUCUACUGCCCCCUGCCGCUCACGCCCCCCCACCCCAGCCUCCACCCUGCGCGGCUGCAGGUGGCCCCCACACAGCAGAACCCCUACGCUGCCAAUGUGUGCUGCCUGCUCCAGGAGCUGGGGUGUCCGUCCCAGGCAGACGCUGCAGCUGAAGGAGCCGCCUCCCCUCCCCGCCAGCCAGAGGCCCGGCCAAGCCACCCUGCCAACACCGGGGCAGCCGCACUGAGAAGACGGUGAAAGUGGAUCGAUGUGCAAAUUGAUCGAUCACACAACUGCUUGGAAAUUGGACUGAAGGAAAGUAGCUGACUGUUAUUUAUAUUUCAUACCUCAUGUUUUCAAAUGACAUUGUCUGGUGGCUCUGAGGGUUUAACUCCUUAGUCUCCCAUCACCACAGCCCCAUCUGCCUCCCUGGCCACACGCAUACACACCACACACACACACACACACACACACACACACACACAGGCAUGCACACACACCCCUCAGUGCUCAAGGCCAGUGGGGCUGAAUGGUGCACGUGGAUGUGUCCUCGGCCUCCCGAAGCCACGUUUAAUCGUCUCAUCUAAGCCCCUUCAGAGCUCAGCCCUCACCCCCCCCCACACCCCCCUCCUCAGUAAUGGCUGGAGUGAAUUUGUUGUACCUAACUUGUUCUUCUGAAGGAAAUAAAGUAAAGGCACUUCUUGGAUGAAAGGUGUGAUCAAGAGCUCACUUUGAAGUUUGUUACUUAAAUUGGGUGAUUUUUUUAAUGAGUUUUUUUUUCUUGAGUGGGUAACACAGAGCCACUGUAUAAAUUGCAAGCCCUGCAGAGCAGCCACUCCCAAGCCUUGUGUGUCUCCUCCCCAGAGCAGCCACUCCCAAGCCAUCCAUAUCUCCUCCCAGAGGAAGCCACUCAGAACAAUUUUUUGAAUACCUUUUUAACUAGGAGAUUGAUUUUUUUU